AUGCGGUCGUGUGCGAAGGAACGUUCAGUGCAAAGCAGAGGUGGGAGCUCGUGGUCAGAGAUGGGUGCGAGUGUGACCACAGCAGCAGGCUGCAAGGAGCUAGGAUUGCCUGGGGCCUGCCUUGGAGCACAGGCACGCGGAAAGCUGGAUCAGCACAGGCGAAAGGCAGUAAAUGGGACAGAGUCUGAGUUGUUCGUCAGUCCCGAAAGACAUCGCUACCGAAAACGUUUGCGGGCCCCGCUAGCCAGAAGAGCCUUUGAGGCAGCAGCAGGGCAGUGCGGGCAGAGCUGGCCGCCCCGCUGGGCGCUGCGGCCGGGCCAGCAGGGAAAGGGGUGCCGCAGUGCCAUCGUGGCCCCUCUGUGCCGGUUUGGGGCCAGGGCAGCCGCAGAAGAUUGUCUGGCUCAGUGUGAUAAUGACUGCAAAGCUUACUGCUGCGAUGGGACUACUCCCUACUGCUGUUCGUAUUAUGCCUACAUUGGGAAUGUCCUUUCAGGCACAGCAAUAGCUGGAAUUGUUUUCGGUAUAGUAUUUAUAAUGGGAGUGAUUGCUGGGAUUGCCAUCUGUAUCUGCAUGUGCAUGAAGAACAACCGCGGGACUCGAGUAGGGGUCAUCCGAACGACGCACAUCAACACUAUCAGCACGUACCCAGUGGCUCCACCGCCGUACAGUUAUGAAUACGAAAUGGAGUACCCAGCUGAUCUACCUCCACCUUAUACUCCAACUCCACAGACUUCGAUACAGUACCCCCCACCUCCUCCCUACCCUGGAUAUUCAGGGAAAUAAUUAAGUGGCACCACAUGGAUAUCAGUUGCCUGUUGAAACAGCCAGCACCAUUGGGACAAAUAUUUUUGACUCAGGGACAAAUAGGAUGGGGUCUGCAGCAACGCAUGUGGCCAGGUAUUGGCGCAGCCGAGGAGGGUUGCCAUGGCUCAGGAUGAAGGAAAAUAUUGUCCAUCCCAAAUCAUCAUGUUUCAAGUUUAAACAGCACACGGCCAAAGAAACAGUUACUGCAACUUAGUGCCUGAUAAGCAGUGCUUAGCAUCAGCGCUUGGCUUCAGCAGCAGCCUGACGCAGCGGAUUGGGGUGGUGCUCUUCCCAUUUCAGAAGGUGCCUGAGGAAAAUGGUUAACCAGCUCUGUUAACAUAUCAAACAUAUGCUAUGCCUUCCCUUGAAAUGAGUUGAGUUGAACAAGGAAGACUGAAGCUAUUUUCAGCUUCUAUUUCAGGAUGAUAAUACCAGGUGAUCAGCUGCGUAUGUUGACCUGAUAAAUACAUUACAAAGAGAAGUGCUCUCAGAGUUACUCGGUAGCCAAAAAAUGACUGAUAUUAUUUUUGGCCAUGUGCAGGCUGUUUUAAGUGCCUACUUUUAAACAGGUUGAGGCUACUUUCUGGCCUAAAAUGUAAACAUAAAGAGCGUUUUUUUAUAUGUGGAUUACACUAAUUUAUAGCUGAUUUAUUUUUAUCUGGACUUAAAUACUAUAUACAUUGGACAUAUGCUACAUGGCCUUUAUGCUCUUUUAUCACCAAAUGAUACUCUCAUUUUAAAAAAAUAUAGUGAUUCAGGAAAACUCACAAGCAGGAGAAGAAAUACAAAUCAAGUAUGAAAACAUCAUAGAUUUGACGUUCAAUUGGAUUACUGACUAAACUGCACAAAGACCAGCUUUUUAAAAAUUGAGUAUUGUUUUGCAGUAAUAGUGAUAUACAGCCUAACCAAAGAGAUGAGCAGAGAGACUGUGAACAUCAGAUUUCUUUUCUUUGUUGUCUUGGGCAUUUUAGAACUGUAAGUUACUAAAUAACGGUUUUUGCAUUCAUCCCACACAUGGUUCAAGAUCAUUUAGUCUCUACCGUGUAAUGUACAGACGUUCAUGAUUUCAUCUGUUCCAUAUCCUUGUUGGGCAAACUCUAAUUCAGCAGCAGCAAUUUGACUUCAGAAUAGAGUAUCCACUUACCUAAAGCAUCAUCCUUUGAUGAUAGGAGUAGCAUUUUUCUCAGUUUUAUAUGCAAACCACAAAUCAAAUGGAUCUCUUCAGGGAUUUAAAAAUACUGAACUCCUUCAAUUUGUAUUGGGUGGCUGGGCUAUUCGAGAACUUUAUAGCCAAAAUAGGGGAAGGUGACAAAAACAUAUGGCACCUAGAGUUCAGGGCAGCAGUGGCAUUAGAUUCAUUUCAGAGAGACAGACUUCAGGUUGCCACUGAUUCCUGGAGAUCAGACUGUGUUUAAAUGUUGUCCAGUGUCCAGUGUCCUCAUCUUUUUUUCAGGUGUAUCAAUGUAUUAAUGAAUAAAAAAAAAAAAACAGUUCGCAAAAGGUGGUAUCCAUAGCCCAGUGAAGUCAACUGAAGAGUUGACUUCAUCUCAUCACCCCCUAAGUAAGGCAUGUUUCUGAAAUUCAGUCCAGACUGAGGGAAGAAUUCAAACAAUUUUUAACAUUAAGCACACAAGUUAUUCAUGAGCCCUCUUGUAUCCAAGACCUUACUGACUGUUCUUGCUCAGAUUUUGUAAUUGCAUUUGUCCUUUCCAGGACUGACCUUACCGUUUUAGAAAACCCCACCUGAAAGCAUAAAUGGCCUCAAUUCUCACCACUGUAAGUUUGGAGGAUCUGCAUUGUGGCCCUUGGCCAACUGAGCUUUGAGGCAAAGUCCCAUUAGGUAUCCAGGCAUUUGUAACCCAGUCAGAGGAAAAUUGGGCUGUGUCACAGCUUUUGGUUGCUGCUGGUUCCUUAGAGUCUUCCCCAGGGAAGGAAAGUUAUAUUCUCAUUUCUAUUUUGCUCUUCAGAGAUGUCGAGUCCAGAACUAGGUUGUCUUCAAAAUUACUUAUACUCUGGGCUAUAUCCUGUAACAUUUUAGCUGCUAACAUGACCUUUCUUAAAAAAGGGAUGUGCCUCAGUUGAAAUGCCCCCAUAAAGCACAACCUCCUGCGCAUGGUGAUUUGGCAGUCCCUAUUCAAACCAAUAUGUUGGGGUAUUGGUGUGCCUGCCAACCUUCCUGUCUGGGCUGGUGGUCAGCAUGAAUAGCAGAAUAAGCAACAUUUCCUCUGUGGGAAAUCCUAUUUCACGUGGUACUUCGACACUUUACAGUUGAUCACACCAGAUGAUGCUUCGGUGCCAAAAAGUAACGUACAAGUAAUGAGUAUUUUCAUUUUCCUCAUUCUUGUACUUUGAUUUUUUUGUAUAACACUGAACAGACGGACCUUCAAAUCAAAGAGCAGUUUGUAUUUGAUGAAUUGUCUCCUGAAAAGUACAGAAAAAGAAAACUAUCUUAUAGAUCAUAAAUCUUCCCUUAGAGGAAGAAUUUCCCCAACUGUGACCUUUGUCAGA